CUGGCUGGUCGGGUGGUGGGACCGGUAGGGAAAGCUGAGGAGGCAGGAGGGAACCUGGGCUGGGGAAAACAAGAAGGGAAGAGGAGCAACCUGGGACGAGGAGUUGACGGGAGGAAAGUGGGAGUCCGGGCCCCCGGAGAAGACUGGGAGGGAAGCAGGAACCAGAGCGCGGGCCGGGGAGUGCCUGAAGAAGGGAACCGGUUGCCCGAGGCGGGGGUAGUCUUCAGCUCUCAUGGAUUGGGAGCUGGGAAAGGAAUGAGAAGACAGAAGUCAAAGACAAGAAGAGGCUAACAUGACUGAUACCGCUAUAAUUUAGUGAACUGCCUCUUUUCUAAAGAGGACCCCAAAGGAAGGACUGGUCAUCUCUUUCAUAUCUCAAAACCAUGGCUCAGGGAUCAGUGUCAUUCAAUGAUGUGACUGUGGACUUCACUCAGGAGGAGUGGCAGCACCUGGAUCAUGCUCAGAAGACUCUAUAUAUGGAUGUGAUGUUGGAAAACUAUUGCCACCUCAUCUCUGUGGGGUGUCACAUGACCAAACCUGAUGUGAUCCUCAAGUUAGAACGAGGAGAAGAGCCAUGGACAUCAUUUUCAGGUCAUACCUGCUUGGAAGAAAACUGGAAAGCUGAAGACUUUUUAGUAAAAUUCAAGGAACACCAAGAGAAGUAUUCUAGAUCAGUUGUAAGCAUCAACCACAAAAAACUCGUGAAGGAGAAAAGUAAAAUAUAUGAAAAGACAUUUACUCUAGGCAAAAACCCUGUUAAUUCAAAAAAUCUACCUCCUGAAUAUGAUACUCAUGGAAGGAUUUUGAAAAAUGUUUCAGAAUUAAUCAUCAGUAAUCUAAAUCCUGCAAGAAAGAGACUUAGUGAGUAUAAUGGAUAUGGGAAAUCACUCCUGAGUACUAAACAAGAGACUACUCAUCCUGAAGUCAAAUCCCAUAAUCAAAGUGACAGAGCUUUCAGUCAUAAUGAAGUUCUUAUGCAGUAUCAGAAAACAGAAACUCCAGCACAGUCAUUUGGAUAUAAUGACUGUGAAAAAUCAUUCCUUAAAAGGGGAGGCCUGAUUACACAUAAUAGACCUUACAGAGGAGAAAACCCAUCUGUAUAUAAUAAAAAGAGAAGAGCAACCAAUAUUGAAAAAAAACAUACAUGCAAUGAAUGUGGUAAAUCCUUCUGCAGGAAAUCAGUAUUGAUUCUGCAUCAGGGAAUUCACUCAGAAGAAAAACCCUAUCAAUGUCAUCAAUGUGGAAAUGCAUUUAGAAGGAAAUCAUAUCUCAUUGAUCAUCAGAGGACUCACACAGGUGAGAAACCCUUUGUUUGCAAUGAAUGUGGUAAGUCCUUCCGCCUAAAGACAGCCCUCACUGAUCAUCAGAGAACACACACAGGGGAGAAAUCAUAUGAAUGUCUGCAAUGUAGGAAUGCCUUCAGAUUGAAGUCACACCUCAUUCGUCAUCAGAGAACUCACACGGGAGAGAAACCAUAUGAGUGUAAUGACUGUGGGAAGUCCUUCCGCCAGAAGACCACACUCUCUCUACAUCAGAGAAUUCAUACAGGUGAGAAACCCUAUAUUUGUAAAGAAUGUGGGAAGUCCUUUCACCAGAAGGCAAAUCUUACUGUACACCAGAGAACUCAUACAGGGGAAAAGCCCUACAUUUGUAAUGAAUGUGGGAAAUCCUUCUCCCAGAAGACAACCCUUGCUCUUCAUGAGAAAACCCAUAAUGAGGAGAAACCCUAUAUUUGUAGUGAAUGUGGAAAGUCCUUCCGCCAGAAGACAACCCUUGUGGCACAUCAGAGAACACAUACAGGGGAGAAAUCUUACGAAUGUCCUCACUGUGGGAAGGCCUUUAGAAUGAAGUCAUACCUCAUUGAUCAUCACCGAACUCACACAGGAGAGAAACCAUAUGAAUGUAAUGAAUGUGGUAAAUCAUUCAGUCAAAAGACAAAUCUCAAUCUACAUCAGAGAAUUCAUACGGGAGAGAAACCCUAUAUUUGUAAUGAAUGUGGGAAGUCCUUUCGCCAGAAAGCAACCCUCACUGUACAUCAGAAAAUACAUACAGGCCAGAAAUCCUAUGAAUGUCCUCAGUGUGGGAAAGCCUUUAGCAGGAAGUCAUAUCUCAUUCAUCAUCAAAGAACUCAUACGGGAGAGAAACCAUAUAAAUGUAGUGAAUGUGGAAAGUGCUUCCGCCAGAAGACAAAUCUUAUUGUACAUCAGAGAACUCACACAGGUGAGAAACCCUAUGUUUGUAAUGAAUGUGGUAAGUCUUUCAGUUAUAAGAGAAACCUCAUUGUCCAUCAAAGAACUCACAAGGGAGAAAACAUUGAAAUGCAAUAAAUGAUGUGGUUUCUUAUGUGAAUUCUUUACAAGCUAUUGUAAACCUUUAGUUUUAAAAAGAAAAGCAUGCUGAAACAUGUUAAUGUAAUUUUAAAUCACAAGUCUAAUAAUUAUUAAAGUACCAUACUGAAUAACUGUCUACUGUUUACUAGAAUAUAAAAUGGGUGUGAUCAUUAUUAUUGAACUCUUAUCAGCUAUGAAGCAACUGCUCUUCCUACUGACUCAAAUAGUUUAUUUUUAAAAAAUACUUAUAUAACACAUGCAGAGACAAGAUACGGAAUGAUUAUAAGCAUUAAUCUCCAUAAGAGAAAAUAUUUAUGAACUAUAUUUCUCGUUGCACUCUGUAAUAAAAAGCAGUUAGUUGUUACUUACCUAAGAGUUACCACUUCCAUACCCUAUGACAUCAAAACGUAGUUUUUGCAUGUUUACAAUUUUAUAUAUAUAUAUAUUUUAUCAGACAUCAUGAAUUCUUUUAUGUCUUGCUUAUUUCACUCAGUGUUUUUAAGAUCUGUACAUUAUUGCAUGUGGCAGUAGUGUAUUUUCAUUUUGCAUACUAUUCCAUUUUAAGAAUAUAUUCGUAUUUAUCCUAUUGAUGGAUAUUUGUAUUUUUAUACUUUUGUGUAAUAAUAAAAUUGCUGCUGUAAAUAUUCUUGUUUAUGUCAUGUGUGUUUGUGUGUAUGUAUUUCUGUUGAAUUUAUACCUGGGACUGGAAUUAUUCAUUCCAAGGGUGUAUAUGAGGUUUUUUUUUUUUUUUUUGGUCAUUCAGACUGGAGAAUUUCUACUAAAAAGAAACCUUGCGGUUUUAUAAUUGUGGAAAGGCUAUUAAUAGAUCAUGGACAUGUAAAUGCAGUAAAU